CUUCUAACAUCUCCUCACAGACAGUGGCAGUGCUCAAGACUGAGGCAUCUGGUGCUUAGACCUCCAGUUUUUUCCGGACUCCCAAAAGUGGGACCAUGUAUGGUAUGCUUCUGGAAAGCAUCCAGCAUUAUGUAAAGGAGUUGUAUGGAGAGACAAAGUGGCAGGAAAUUCUCGAGCACGCUGGCUUACGUAACAUGAUAUUUGCCACGCACAAGGUUUAUCCAGACAACAUCAUGUCCGACAUUGCGGCCAGCUGUGCGCACGUGCUGCAAAAGGGAACAAAGGAUUAUUACAUGUUCUACUUCGGACGGUUCGUCAAGUUCUUCAGCCAUUAUGGAUAUGACAAAAUUCUACGCAUAUCUGGUCGUCACUAUCGUGACUUCCUCAAUGGAAUUGAUAAUCUUCACGAAACUAUGAGAUUUAGUUAUCCUCGUCUUCAGAGUCCGUCCUUCUACGUGGAAAAAGAGGACCGCUUUGGUUGUAUCCUGAACUACAGGACUAAGCGGCAAGGCUUCACACACUAUGUUGUGGGUCAGCUUCAGCAAUGUGCCAUUAAUUUCUAUGGUGUGGAUGUGGAGAUACUAGUGAUUGAAGAAAGGAUAGUUGCAAAUGGUUGUCAUGUGAUCUUCAGGUUAAACUUUGACAAUCAGGGUUAUAAGCCACCAGUGCAAAAAGUAGCUACCUCAGGGAACAUUACAGCUUCACUUUUACCUGGAAAAGUAUUUUUCAAGGUGUUUCCAUUUUGCCUUGUGUUUGACCACACCAUGCACAUACAGAAUGUGGGCCCCAGUUUACUUCGGCUGUUUCAGAGCCACCUGGUGGGCACAGAUGUCACGGAGAGGUUCCACUUGCGGCGACCUGUCAUGUCUUUCACGUGGGAUAAUGUGUUGUGCCUACAGAAGGUGGUGUUUGAGCUAGAGACACAGACAAGUUUGAAGUUGUGUCCCUUGACCAAAGAGGCCGUGUGUCAGUGUAGGAGCGCCCCUGACCAUAGGGCCCUAGCAAGACGGACAGUUAUACUCAGGGGGCAGAUGAAAGCCAUAGACGACUGGCAUUCUGUCGCCUUUCUGUGCACACCGUUGAUAGGAAGCUUAGAAGAGAUGGAAGGGUUAAGCCUGUACAUCAAUGAUCUCAGUCUUCAUGACAACAGUCGGGACAUGGUGCUAGCCGGCUUCCAACAUGCUUCCCAGCUGGAGUACUCCAUUGACAAGCAAAUGGAAAAAAGCAAGCUAAUAGCGGAAAACUUACACAAGCUGGAUCUGUGGAAGCAGAAAAGUGAAUCACUGCUGUAUGCAAUGAUACCAAAGUCCAUUGCCGUGCGGUUAAAAAAUGGAGUUGACCCUGUGGACACCUGUGAGACAUUUGACCAAGUGACCAUCCUGUUCAGCUACAUCAUUGGGUUCAUGGACAUCUGUGUGAAUGUCAGUGCUUUAAAGGUCGUCGAGUGCAUCAAUAAGGUCUUUACCCUCUUUGAUCUUAUUGUGGAUAAAUACAAUGCCUUUAAGGUAGAGACUCUGGGUGACGCUGUAUACAUGGUGGCAGGAGGCGUACCUGAUAGGACACCUGACCAUGCGCUGAACGUGGCCGGCUUAGCCCUGGAGCUGCUGAGUAAAGCCACACAGAUGACCAACCCACACACCAAACAGAAACUCAACAUCAGAAUAGGUAUGCACACAGGUGGUGUAGUGGGAGGGGUGGUGGGCAAGAGGAUGCCUCAGUACUGCCUGUUUGGUGAUGCUGUCAAUACAGCUUCUCGUAUGCAAACCAACAGUGAGAGUGGCAGAAUACAUAUCAGUGAGCCGUGCCACAGGUGUUUGAAGGGAUCAGACUUUGUCACCGUUUUCAGGGGCCAUAUAAAUAUUAAGGGUAAAGGUGAGAUGAAGACGUACUGGUUAGCAGGGAGGAAGGAUGACCCUCAGUUAGAACAGGUGUGUGCUGGCCUUAGGGCAGAGAGGUGCCAGCAUUACCUACAGCAACAGAAACAGCUACUAAAGUUGUCAGAUGCAUUAUCUCCAGAAAGACCUGUGGAGAAUGGGUAUGAUCUCCACGGCAUGCACACCAACAUAAGCAGCUGUAACUUAGCCUCUGCUGUUGGUGAACCUCAGGAGGGCAUAGCAGAGGAAAAUGGCCCUGCUCAGGAGGAUGGCAUUUGUGGCUCGGACCAAUUUGCCGUUUGUCCCGAGGUGGGUGUUCCCCAGCUGCCUAUUCGCUUCACGCUACACAGCGAGACUCCAAGUCGACCAGGAACACCGUCCUUUUCUCCUGACAAACAGGAGAAGUUAGUCACUCCUGAAGCCUUACAGAUGGCGCUGACCAGCACUGCUCGCUCCCACUCUCCCAAAUCCCCUGUCUACUCCCCAGAGCCCCCGGAACCCCUGGAACGCCGUAGAUACUGUUGGGAAACCGUGAAGGAGACAGAGGUCACAGAGAUGAGGCAGGAAGACCAGUGUAACUGUCAGCAAGAACUUACCUGUGGGGACAAGGAAAUACUCCUGUAGUUAUUCAACUGUCAGCAACAGC